CCUGAUCUACAUGGAAAUUGAAUGUUCUCCAUAUAUAGUCUUCCAAAAGCUUCUCUUGACUGUUCAAGAUCUGAUACUGGCUCUGGGUUCUCCCCAGAGGCAAAAGGGGAUCUCCCACCUAGAUGUGCUUGCCGCUCCUUCAUGAUAGCAAGAGAGUAGGAAGUCAAAGAGGGAGAAUACACAAAUUACCAAGUUCCAUAUGUCUCUGGGUGCCGUCAAAGAUUUUUGGUUGGCGAAUAUUGUUUAGCGUUUUCAGACAUGCAGCACAGGAGACUGAACUGUCGCUCUCGCAUCUCCGAAAUCAAUUCCCUCCUCUUUUCCAGCAACGACCUUUCCUCCCACAAUAACAACAACACCAACAACGCCCUCCAGAACUCGGUGCAGAUCCACACCGAAAUCUCAGUCUAUCUCCAAUUCAUUGUGCUUUCCAUUUGCCCUCGCGCACAAACGACUCUCUGAAAAUGAAGCCCAUCGAUACAGGAAGCCCGUCUCAGUCGAGCCAGUCGAACGGCACGAAGCCCCAAACUCCUAGUUCAGCAAGUCGUCAUCAAAAGUCUAAGCCGAAGCCGGGCAGUCUAAUGUCCUCAUGGGGUCCUAGGGUACGCGAGAGAGAAGCGAAGCAAGAGUGCGAGGUCAGGGAGGCUCAAAUGAAUCUGAAGGAGGCUAGGGCCAGAAACUCCACGUCCAUGGCCCCCAUCGAGAUUUCUGACGAUGAAGGUAGUGUUAAAGAGGUUUCCUUGAAGGAUUCUCCUCAAAGUUGCCGAGAAAUAACUGCCCAGAUGCUCUCAGAACCAGCGAAGCCAGAAUCUGCGUCCCGAUUUGAAAGCCCGUCGCUGUUCGUUUCUCAAGACAAGCCUCGCUCCGAGAGCCUGUCCCUGUUCCUCCCUCAAGAUGAUCGCCGCUCCGAGAGUCCAUCUUUGUUCCUUCCUGAAGACGAACCACGCCGCGCAGAAACGGCUUCUUCACUCUCUCGUCCUGGGAAGCUCCUGAAACCAUCCAGCAUCCAUUCGUCGAUCUCGUCACCCCCUCUCCACCUCUUCAAAGGCGCUCUGGUCUUACGUCCUCCACUCCUGCUACCCGCUCAUAACGCACACUUGCCGCUGAGCCAAAUACAAAGAAGUCUUAUGAACCAAGAACGCACCGCCGAGAGCGUGAGAGUUCCGACGAAUUGCCACCUAAGAAAGUUACCCAUAGUAGUGCUCAAGUCGGUGGAAAGGCUACUGAUGGAAAGGCCACUGGUGCAAAGCGAAUUAGAGCUGGUACAGGCACCAGAGUGGAGACAACAACAAGAGAGCUAUUUAAGGGUACUUUAGUGGAGUCUAAGGCGAAGGUUGCCGUGAUUGAGAAGGUCAUGGAAGUGUAUGAUUACUUUCACUGAAAGGGUGGACUUAGAACAAGGCUAUGGAGGAAAUUGCCAGAGGGAUAUGCUGAAGCGCAAUUUUGGAAGCUUUUCUUUAAUGUGUACCUGAUGAGUAAAGCGCUCGGAAAUAGAGAUGCUUUUCCGCGUUACUCGAGAACAGCGAACUUCAUGUACGGCCAAUCAGACCUGGUGGGAGAACAAAAAC